AUGGAUGUGAGCAUGACAUUGAAAACAGGGAAAAGAGCAUGGAUAAUUGGACUACCUUCAAUUCUUUUGCCUCUAACUUGUGGUCUUUUGGUGAGUUCUUUUCUGCUAGAGGGGCUAACAAUUUCAGAGAUAAGGAAGCUACCUUUAAUGGUUUCAAUGCAAAGUAUGAUCUCAUUUCCAGUCAUUGCUUGUCUUCUUAAUGAACUAAAGAUUGUAAGCACAGAACUCGGUCGUUUAGGGCUGUCCUCAGCAUUAGUUGCAGAUAUGUUCAGCCAAUGUGCAGUAGCCAUUGCAAACCAAAUAAGAAUAUCAAGAAAGAAUGCUGCAAAAGGGUAUUAUUCAAUUGGAGGAUUAUGUGUGCAAGUGUUUUUGGUAUCAUUUUUGUUUAGGCCUGUAGUUCUUUGGAUUAUGAAACAAACAACAGAAGGGAAGCCAGUGAGUCGCGGUACAACUCAAACAGUGUUUCUUGUGGUUCUUCUUUCUGCUGUUACAUCUACUUUAUUGGGACAGCCAGCAAUUGUUGGACCUUAUUUGUUGGGAUUGUCACUUACUGAUGGAGGACCAACGGGAUUCUCUCUUAUUGAGAAAUUGGAAUGCUUUGUUUCAGAUUUUUUCAUGCCUGUUUUUGUGAUUACUUGUGCUUUACAGGUUGAUCUGUCCCGGAUAUUAUUAGUUGCAGCUCUGGAUAAUUAUACAAGAGUUAACAUCAUUCUUGCAUUUGUAACUUAUGUUACCAAAUUCGUCUGCACCUUUCUUACUUCAUUGUAUUGCCAGUUGAGCUUUAGAGAAUCCUUGAUGCUAUCUCUCAUUCUCAGUUCCAAAGGAGUUGUUGAAUUGUCCUUCUGCACACUUUUCACUGAAUACAAUAUUUUAAGUCGGGGGAUUCUAGCAUGGUUCACAGUAUUCUUAUUACUAAUUGCAACCUUUGUGCCAAUGGUGUUGAAAUUCUUGAAUGAUAUUUCAAAGUUACAAGCUAGCAAUCAGAACAGGAACAUCAUGCAUUUGAGCCAAAACUCAGAGUUAAGAGUCCUUGCUUGUGUUCACACGAAUGAGAACAUCUAUGGCUUCAUUCAUCUUCUCAACAUCUCAUGUCCAACACAAGAAAAUCCGGUUGCGGUUUAUGCUCUCCAUCUGAUCGAGUUGGUGGGGCGAACGGCUCCGGUUUUCAUUUCUCAUAGAAUAGAAAACAAGCCAAUUGGAGACCAAACUUACUCCGAAAAUAUGCUACUUUCCUUUGACCACUUUGAGAAGGAGAAUUCAGGGUCAGUAUAUGCUGAAUGCUUCACUUCAAUCUCACCACACAAGUUCAUGCACAAUGAAAUAUGCAAAUUAGCAAUGGACAAGAUCACAUCUCUCAUAAUAUUGCCUUUCCACAUAACAUGGACAAGUGAUGGACUUGUAGACCAAGAAGACAACACAAUGAGGAAUUUGAAUUGCAGUGUGAUCGAGAAAGCUCCUUGUUCAGUAGCCAUCUUAGCAGAUAAAGGGCAUUUAGGGAGCAUUGCUUCAAUGGCAUCUUCAGGAGUGAGAUGUGAGUAUACGGUGUGUGUGAUAUACUUGGGAGGGAGUGACGAUAGAGAAGCAAUUUCAUUUGCAAAGCGCUUAGCCAAGGACAUAAAGAUUGAACUAACAGUAUUGAAACUUGGGAGUUCUGUGGAGGAUAAUGGGACAAGUAAAUGGGAGAAAAUGCUUGAUUCAGAAGUUAUUAAAGAUUUCAAAAUGACAUGUUUGGGAGAUGGGAGAGUGAAAUUUUUAGAGGAAGUGAGUGAAGAUGGACCUCAAACAGCAUUGAGACUUAGAGAAUUGGUAAAUGAUUUUGAUCUUAUGAUUGUAGGAAGAAGAAAAGGAAUGGAAUCAUCACCUCAAACUUCUGGUCUUAGUGAAUGGAAUGAAUUUCCAGAGCUUGGAGUUCUUGGGGACUUGAUUGCAUCACUAGAUAUCAAUACAAGAACUUCUGUCUUGGUAAUACAGCAACAGAAGUAA